ACUAUAAAGCGGCACCCCCGAAACCGGCGCCUUCUCCUCUGCACCAGGACCUCGCUCCGUCUCUCGCUCUCUGUGUCUCCAUCCAUCUCCAUCCGCAGCCAUGAGCCACCUGCGCGCCUCCACCUCCUACCGCCGCACCUUCGGCCCUCCGGCGGGGUCCUACUCCUCCUCAUCCCGCGUGGCCGCGUCCUCCUCUUCCUCCCGCUUCCUCAGCGGCUCCUCUUCCUCCCCGGGGGCCUCUCUGCGCUCCUACCGCCCCGGCACGGGCGGCCUCUUCCUCCGCUCCAGCACCCCGCUCUCCUCGGCCUCCCCGCAGCGCUACUACGCCUCUUCUUCUUCCGCGGCGGCGGCGGAGAAGCUGGACUUCUCGGUGGCCGAGGCGGUGAACCAGGAGUUCCUGGCCACGCGGAGCAACGAGAAGCAGGAGCUGCAGGAGCUCAACGACCGCUUCGCCAGCUUCAUCGAGAAGGUGCGCUUCCUGGAGACGCAGAACGCGGCGCUGGCGGCAGAGCUGGGCCAGAGCCGCGCCCAGGAGGCCCCCGCCCGCGCCCACCGCCUCCUCCACGAGCAGCUCCGACAGCUCCGCGCCCAGGUCGAGGCCCUCGGGCAGGACCGCGACCGCCUCCAGGUCGAGAGGGACAACCUGGCCGAGGACCUGGCCGCCCUCAAGCAGAGACUGGAUGAGGAAUUGCACAAGCGUGAAGAUGCUGAGAAUAAUCUGGUUCUAUUCCGCAAAGAUGUGGAUGAUGCCACCCUUUCUCGCCUGGAACUGGAACGCAAAAUUGAAUCCCUUAUGGAUGAAAUUGAAUUCCUCAAGAAAGUGCACGAGGAGGAGAUGAAUGACAUGCAGGUGAGCAUCCAUAGCCAGCAGCAGGUGCAAGUGGAGGUGGAGCAGGCCAAGCCGGACCUGACAGCUGCCCUGCGAGACAUCCGCACCCAAUACGAGAGCAUCGCUGUCAAGAAUCUUCAGGAGGCUGAAGAAUGGUACAAAUCCAAGUUUGCAGACCUUUCGGAUGCAGCCAACCGGAACCAUGAGGCACUUCGCCAGGCUAAACAUGAGAUGAAUGAAUCUCGGCGCCAGAUCCAGAGUCUCACUUGUGAGGUGGAUGGGCUCAAAGGAACAAAUGAAGCCUUGCUGAGGCAGAUGAGGGAUAUGGAGGACCAAUACGGGGCUGAAGUGGCUUCGUACCAAGAUAAUGUGGCAAGGUUGGAGCAGGAGAUUCACCACAUGAAGGAAGAGAUGGCCCGUCACCUGAGGGAAUACCAGGACUUGCUGAAUGUCAAGAUGGCUUUGGAUAUUGAGAUAGCCACCUACCGGAAGCUGCUAGAAGGGGAGGAGAGCAGGAUUUCACUGCCUGUUCAAUCCAUGGCAUCUCUCAGCAUCAAAACAACGGUUUCAGAGCCAGAGCCAACUGUAGAGACCCAUACUAGGAAGACUGUGCUGAUCAAAACCAUUGAGACUCGUGAUGGAGAGGUGGUGACUGAAUCCAGGAAAGAGAAGCGGGCUGAGAUAGAGAAGUGAUUCUGGUCAUGCCCAGUGCCUCCCAGAUGCCAUGGGGAAGGGCACUAAAGCUAACCAAUGUGCAAAGAAGUCCCGGCAGCAGAUCCCCUCAUUUCCUCACAAAGCCGCACUGGCCUUAUGUAUGACGACGACGACGACGAAGAUGUCAAUAUUUCUUACCUCUGACAGCCUUCCUGCACUGUCUACCAGGCUUCCUAAACCAGUUUUACCCCUUAAUGUUCACCUCUAGCCUUCCUGAGGGCAGCCUGGUUGUGAUGCCAGCAAUAACCGCCCGCCGGCUGGGGAGAGGGACAUGCCACUCUUCUUCAUCCUGCUCUCCCUGUCCAGUGCCUCCUCUCUUUCUGCCACACUCUUUCCCAUUUUGCUCAGUUAGGCUACAACUCAUCUUGUAGAGGGGAGAAAGGUCUCUUUCCUUGAUCCAGGUCAGGUCAGUUGAGUCAUAGGUGUGCCAGCUAUGUUUGGAUUAAAAACCUUGAUCAAGAAGUCCAUAGAAAUGGUUAUGCAAAAUAGCAGGCUCUUAAUAUCUGGGAAGUCCAGCCAGGCAACACCAACCUAGAAACACCAAAGAUGAGGACCAAAUAUUUGGUCACCAUUUAAUUCUCUGUGUUGACCACUGCAAGCAGUCAUUUGUUACAGAGAUUCUCAUCUGAUCUCCUUUUGAAAACAUCAUAAUGGGAGCUAUGUAUCAGUAAGUCCUUGGUUCUUGCCUCUGCCAGUCAUCUUUCUCUCCCUCUCUCCUUCUCAGUAUCUCAAUAACUCACUCCCUGCCUUCCCAGCCUGGCAACACAAAGGAGAAUGCCACUGACUUCCUUUACAAGGUUGUUGUAAAGAUAACAACAAGGUAAAUGCAUGCAAAGCACUCUAAACACUUGAAAGUGCUGUACAGAUGCUACAUAUGAUCAAGUUCCUUAAGUUUUACAAGUGCACCCAAGAAUAAACACAAAAUAGAUUAUUGAUUGCAUUUGACAAGAAAUGUACACUUAUAAAACUGAAAACACUGGAAAGGAAACAGAGGCUGCUAAGAAAUUGAUUGCUUUAGUGUGUCACUGAUUCUAACACUGAAUGGGCACGAUAUCAAUUUUUCAACCUAAACAUAUAGUUUAAUUCAGUUGGUUUUAAUCUGAAGUAACUCUGUUCUUGGAUAGCAUUGCGUCAGAAACAGCUCUUCUUUGGAGGCAAAACAUAUAUGUUUCUUAAUAUGGUAGCCUCCUUUCCCCAGCCUGAUAAACUGGGCUUUUAGGACCUAAUCCUAAAUAAAUGUAUAUUGCUUUACUUAUAAUAACCUUCAAGUAGUUAUCCUUUGCCUUUCUUUAGAGGAGGUAUCCCCUUUCCUGAACUAGAUAAACUUUGGGUCUUGCUGGGAUAAUAUUUCAGUGCCUUCCAAAGUAGUCCCCCUCUCCUCUGCCCACACCUUUAUCUUCUUGAGGAAGCCCUACACUUCUAAACUCCCUCUUGGCAAGUUCUAUAUGGCAUGAAAAGGUACCAAAGUCAGUUCUGCUCUUCUUAGUCAAGAACACUGGGAUUACUUUUUUAUCUGUACUGAUUUAGGUCAGUGUCAAAGAUGUGAGAAAGGCAGGUGACCCAAUGGGUUCUAGAGUACACAGCAACACGUGGGCAUUGCUUUCACAUAUGUUGAGCUAAAACUUUUAAAAUCAAUAAAUGAAUGGAAAUGCCCACAUCCAGCAAUUGUGAUUUGUUACAAUAGGGAUUGGUUCCUUCCUGCUGAUCGAUAGAAGUGCAAUGUACACCUAUAAUUAAAAUCUUUAAAUAGGGGUUGUUAUCUAUAGAUUUUUAGGAUUUCUUUGGUUGGAUCAACACAAUGAUAUGUUUGUGGCAUGAAUGUUUUUUUUCUGACAGAAGCUAGCUUCUCAUAGAUGAUAAAAGCAAAUUCUUAUAAGUGUAGCGUCUCAGAUUCAGGUUUCUAAUGGUUAUGCUUGUGUUCAGAUUUUAAUCACCUUUUAAAAUCUUAUCUGUUGCCUUCACUUCAGUAGUGGUGGCAGGCGUCUUUCUCCAAGAUGAAUUCCUCUGAGUGAAGUGGUAGAUGCUUUUGGGUUUUAGUUCAAAUUUAAUAGAACUAUCCAAGGUACUGAACAUAUUGUGGGGAAGUUUUCAGUACCAUGGGCAGAGUCUUUUAAAGUUUAGACUAAUGCUGUGAGUUGAUUCACCACUCUGCUUAAAUGGAAGCUGCUGCUGCAUUUAAUUUAUCCUAUUAGCUGCAAUUUUGUUUUUAUUCCACCUGUUCCUCCUUUAAUGUUCCACACACCCUUUUCUUCAGGCUCCUGCAUCCAACCUCAGUCAUGGCCAAGACAACCACAACUUUCAUGCUCUGCCAUGUCGAUGGAUUAUCCAUAACUCCUUUCUUCCUGCCUUAAAUCCUGAUAGUCCUCUUGGUGGGAAGUUCUCCUGUUUCCUUCAUUUGCAUCCCUGUCCAGGAAAGUACCAGAGAGAUGCAUGUCUUUGAAGGUCUGUCUCACCUUUCCAGUUCUCUGAGUCUUAUGGUUAGAGGGACAUAGCCUCUGGGUUGGGGGAUGCCUUUGCCUCCCCAUCCCCAGUCCGGAUCCCAACUAGAAGCUACCCUCUGCUACCACUACCAUUGAUAUUGCCCCUGUGUAGCACUGCAGUCACAAAAUAAAGACAAGAUAUUUUGGUAAAACAAUAUUGACAGGAAGUGUGUGUCUUGUUCAAGCAGAAUCAUGGCUUUAGGAGAGCAGCUCAAAAGCUGGGGACCCAGCUUUUGAGCUGGUUGUGAGUAACAGUAGACAGCUGACCAUAUUGCUUGUGUCUUGAUGGGUAACUCAACUGAAAACGGGCCUUUGCUGAUACGUUAGAGAAAUUGAGAAGCUGUAGUGAGGUGCAUGUGGUGGGGGUUUGCUCAUGUCUACCAUAGUGAUCCUGCAGAUAAGCAAAUUUAACUCAGUCUUUAUGUUUCCCAUUUCUCUGAAUGGCUUGCCAGUGUAGUCAAGACCAUCUGGGAUGUGGUAGAGCAGUGUUUCUCAACCUGUGGGUCCCCAGGUGUUUUGGCCUACAACUCCCAGAAAUCCCAGUCAGUUUACCAGCUGUUAUAAUUUCUGGGAGUUGAAGGCCAAAACAUCUGGGGACCCACAAGUUGAGAACCACUGUGGUAGAGGGUAGAAACCUCCAGGCCAGAUUUACUUUUGCUACAGUUCAUGCUUCCCUUGAUAAGUUGUUACCAACGGAAUAAUGGCUUGCCUUGACCAAUACCUUUGCUAGCUAUAUCAGCACUUAAAUGCUUUAUUUAAGACCAUAUUUUUCAGCAGGUGACCAGUGAGCUAGAAUAGGCCUGCUGAAUGUUUACCUGGGAACAUCGCCAUUCAUCUUCCAUUUUUCUUUCUUCCUGUCAAAAUUCCCAGAUAUUUCUCUUGUAGAUAACAUUUAGCUUGUUCAGGGAAUUGACAAAUGAGAUUUGGAAGGAACCAAGCAUAGUAGAUGCAUGGCCAUCAGGAACAUCUGGCAAUUCCCAUCUCUGCUACAGAGCUAUCAUACUACAUGAAUAAAACAAUUCAUCCAAUAACAGAUUCUUGAAAAUAGAUAAUUUAUGUAGCUGUAAAGCUAGUCUGAAAAUAAUGUAAACAGAGAAAUGCAGUUUUCCAGGGGCACUUCUGGCCAAACUGUUCAGAAAGAUGCAAUACAAGAAAAUCAGGAACAUAAUGGAGCUUUGGUGAGUCACAGAAGGGAUAAGUUGCAUAGACCCAUCCAGCUUAGAAGAAAAGUGGAGAUGAACUAGCUUCCUUGAAAGCCUGCACAUGCUGCAUCAUUACUUUUUAUAAUUUCCCUGAUGUUGUAGGAUACACUGUAAGAAUGCCCUUAGCUACCCCACUUUACAGAAACAUUUCUAACUUCCAAGAACUUGGCUAGUCCUCUAUUGAAUAUGCUGGUUAUUAUAGCUGCUGUGGUAGAAUUUGACUUAACAAGGCUUUGUAGGUUUGGUUCCCUUUUAGUUCAUUGUGAAUUUUUCCUUGGGGGAAGAUUCCUGAGCCUUGAUCCUAACUUUCUGAUGACUUGCCUGAAAGUUUCUGAGAACCUGAUGGUGAGCAAGAUUAUUUGGAUGUUUCACUUCAUUUUUCUCAAAAGUCUUCAAAAUGCUUUGUUGCCUUUCAUUCUUUGCUGUCUCAGCUUCCUGUCAUGAAUAUAAAAACUUGACAGCUGAAUUCUAAGUAUAUUUACUUGAAAACUUUUUGCAAUGAUCUCAGUCUCCCAGUCCUAACAUGUUGCAAGUUUCAGCAUUCUUACCACUUACUUGAGGUAAUUACUUACCCCAAGCCACUGGGGAAUUCUGGGGGUUGUAGUCCAUAAUUUCUGGAAGCGCUGCCUAUAGCUGAGAAAUUCCAUCAUCUAGACUAGUGAUUCUCAAUCUUUGAUUUUUCAUAGUUUUUUUUUAAAUUAGCUCCCAGAAUUUCUGACAGUUGGCCAUGCUGGCUGAGGCUUCUGGGAGUUGAAGUCCCAAACACCUGGAAGACCAAAGACUGGGAUCUAGACAGCUUUUGAAGUUACAUCUGUUUCCAGAAUUUUCAAGUUAUGGCAUCAAAAACUCAUCUUUAAUAUUAAUAUUAAUGCAACAGGAAUCUGUACCACUGCCUCUUUAGGCUUCCCCUUCCUUUUGUAUGCUAUGGAAUAAUUUUAUGUUUCCGGCAGGAGGCGGGGGGCAGGAGUGGUUUGGGAGUGCACAGUCUCCUGUUUGUGAAUUUUGCUUUUUCAAGUGCAACAUCUUAAGUUUUAUCUAGCCAUUUGUAGCUGUUCCUCCUAGUUAAAGAGGCUUUUGCAGAAUGGAGUACACCUUUAGGCAAUAACGGAUGUUUUAAGAGUGAAUCAUUUUAGUGAAGAUCUGAUUGGCAGGAAAAGCCUCAUUAUUUCCUGCUUCUGCAAGAGAUUUGACAGUCACGUGCUUAUGGCAAUUUGGGGACUUGGCAUUCUACGUAAAAAGGAGAUUGUUUUCCAUUGGUGGUGGUAUGAGAUUCCUCUUGUUUUCCUUUGUUUGAGACACCUAUCUGGAUAAUUAUUUUUUCCAGAUCCCAUUCUGACAGCUGCAGAAAUAAAGAACGUUUGCAAAUGUGCCAUGGUUAUAUAACUUGUCUCUCUAGAAAAACAGCAGCAGUAGCAACACUACUUUCCAGCCUUCGGGUUUUAUAGUUCCACACACAGAUAUGCUUCACUCUGUAUAGGAUUGGGUUGCACUAUAAUUCAAAACGUGCUAAGAAUUAUUCAUUAAAUGAUGGCACUGGCACACAGCAUUGUUCUACUGCUGGAUUUUGACACCUGUUUUAGCUUGCUUCUAUCGUUUUCCUUAUCCCUCUUCUUUGGAACACAGAUCCCAUUUUAUGUGUUUUGGUGCUGAUCCCCUCGUUUUUGAUAGUCAUGCAGCCAUACUCUAGUCACAGCUAGUGAGAACACCUGGUGCUAUCUUCCUCCAUAUUAGGAUCUUUGUAUCAAAGCCCCAAACCUGAUCCAGUCAGUCUUGGCACAAUAAUGAUUUCCAUACUGCGCUAAGUCCUCUUCUGUGCUGUGCCCCCACCCUGCUCUCACAUAUUGGCACUUUGGGGUAACCUUCCUGCUUGUCUCACAAAUGUGUCACUUGUGAAAAGAUGUAGUAAUGCCCAGGUGACAAAACAAUCUAUCUCACACUCCUACAAAGACAACACAAGGCAGUAUGGAAACGUGGGAGUGCUUGCUGUAGAAUUGUUUCUGGUGCUUCUAGAUCUCCCCUGAAGAGUGUCUGUUACUUCAUGCCACUUGGCCGUUGUGUGCCAUGUAUUGCUUCCAACCAGCCAAUAAAUAUCAUAUUGAACAGA